UCCCUGUAUAAAAAUUACCUAAAUUUGACGAUUAUAAGGACUGAAAAGUACGUAAAGUUCAAAAGAGAAACGUAAGGUGACGUUAGUGCUAUCGUUUUGUGCUGUGUCGUGACAAUUGCCAUUGGGAUUCUGCAGUAACAAAAUAAGUGAUAAAUCAUGGAUUUCACCCCGGUUUUUCGUACCCCAAUAACGGACAUAACUGGAUCUCUGAUAAAUUUUCAGCAGCAAAAAAGAUGUGCUGAUUUUGAGAUGAAUUUUGUCGAGUGUAUGGAAGCCUACGGAAUACCGCGGGGCUACAGAAAAUGUUCUGAUUUAUUCGAAGAUUUACAUGAAUGUGCAACUCACAACACGCAACAAAUGCGAGUCAAUGCAAUUAGAGACGAACGACACAAACAAUAUAAGGCUGGACUUAUCGAUAAGCCAAAUCUUCCUCCACCGAAAGAAGACAGCUACUAAAAACUGGCUGUAUUACAAUAAAUAAAUAUCGUUAUUUUAUAGUGAGUUAAUUGGCUGAAAUAAAAUUUAACUAGAACAAAAA